UUUUUAGUGCCUUUCAAGAGCUUUUUAUCUUCUAAUAUUUCAAGGAACUUUUUCCCGCAUCGCCCACAACGCGAUGACGUCACAGCAAGCCACGCACAAGCCGGAAGUGUCCUGGCCGCGCUUGCGCGGUUUGUUGACAGACUCCUCAGCUCGUCCAACAUGAACAAGAAUGUCAUGUUCUUAUCUGCUUAAAUAAUCAACAAGAAUGUUCUUAUCUGCUUAAAUAAUCAACAAGAAUGUUCUUUUCUGCUUAAAUAAAGCUUCUAUAACAUGAACUCAUCCAACAUGAAUGUUGCCGUCAUCAACUCGUCCAACAUGAACGUUGCCAGCAGUUCGGUGUCAACAACACGACGUAAGCGUGAGGCGGAGCGCUCGGUCAACUGGACGGUGGAGGAGACUCAGGUGCUGCUGUGCGCCUGGAGCGACGAGCGCGUCCAGAAGAGUCUGUCGGAAAACCUGCGCAACCGCCACGUGUUCAAGCACCUGUCGGCCCGCAUGAGCGACAUGGGCUUCUGCCGCAGUCCUCACCAGUGCCGCCUGCGCGUCAAGACCCUGAAGGCCAACUACGUGCGCGCCAAGCUGCAGAGGAGCGCCCACAGCUCCCAGCUCUGCAACUUCAAGUACUUCCAGGAGAUGGACGCCGUGUUGGGGAGGAGGGCUGACCUGUCUGCUCCGGACCCCGCAGACAGGACGGUGGGGUCUUUCGUCGGGCGUUACCUCGGUUCUUCGGGGAUCGCCGCCGAAGAACAUUUCAGUUCUUCAGAGGAGCGAGGAGGCCGGCAGAUGUGGCCGCUGGACUUUCAAGUCAAGCUGGAGAACGAAGACGAUUCCGAGUUCAGCGACAUGGGAUUCAUGCAGGGACUGGGAGAGGGACCACCCCAGGGUUUUGUGGGAUCCAGCAUCCAUCCUGAGCCUGUCGCUCCGCCCGUGGACAUUGUGAGCUCGCCCUCGCCCGCACAUCCUCCGGCGUCCUCGCCCGAGGCUUCCACGCCGCCUGGCGCCGAGGGCGUGCGCCCGGAAGCGGUCCUGGCUCACCUGUCGCGGUGUUUCCGGCAGCUGGUGUCGGAGACUCGGGGCCUGCUGGUGCAGCUGGACCAGCAGAGGCAGGAUCAGGCCCGCUGGCACCAAGACCUCCUGAGCCAGUGGGCGCAGCGCGAGGAGCGGCGGCAGAGGGAGGCGGCGGAGAGGGAGGAGCGGCGGGAGAAGGCCCACAUGGAGCAUCAGGUCCGGGUCCUGGAGCUCCUCACCAGCCUGGCCAGAGAACAAGGUGGCAGAGCACAGGAGCACAAAGAUGCCAAGUAGGACCUCAUCU